UGUCACCCGCAGGUAACCCAAUCACGAGUGUAAUAAAUGUGUCUUCCUCAAGCCUCAGGGAAUCAAUUCCCUCGUGGCUGCUUUCUCUCUCUACUUUCUCUUUCUAAACCCACGACCAUGGCUGCAGCAGCCUUGAAUGGUCUGAAAAUGGCUGCUACAUCGCAAGCGUAUCUGGAGAGCAUGCCUGUGAAUGACACGAGAAAGCUACUAUCGGACCUCUGCCGUCACUUCUACGGCCUUGGUUGGGUUUCAGGGACGGGUGGCAGCAUCACAAUCAAGGUCCAUGAUGAAUCCAUCCCUAAGCCUCAACAGCUCAUUGUCAUGUCCCCUUCCGGGGUUCAAAAGGAAAGGAUGGUUCCAGAGGACAUGUAUGUGUUAUCUCCAAGUGGGUGUUUCUUGUCUUCCCCAUCUCCGAAGCCAUACCCAAAUAAGCCUCCCAAAUGCAGUGAUUGUGCUCCUCUUUUCAUGAAGGCAUAUCUGAUGCGCAAUGCUGGAGCUGUCAUCCACAGUCAUGGGAUGGAAUCAUGUAUUGUGACAAUGAUUGAUCCAUUAUCCAAAGAAUUUCGAAUCACUCAUAUGGAAAUGAUAAAAGGAAUUCAAGGACAUGGUUAUUAUGAUGAGCUUGUGGUCCCAAUCAUAGAGAACACUGCCCACGAAAGGGAGCUCACAGAUGCCCUUGCUGAAGCUAUUGAAGCCUACCCGAAAACAACAGCUGUCCUUGUUCGCAACCAUGGCAUAUAUAUAUGGGGAGACUCAUGGAUUCAUGCUAAAACUCAGGCUGAAUGCUACCACUAUCUCUUUGAUGCUGCUAUCAAACUUUACCAAUUGGGCCUUGACUGGUCUACUCCAGAUCAUGGUCCAAUUAAAAAAUAUGGUGGCAAAACAAAUAUGUCUGUGAAGGCAGGGACUGUAAAUUCCAAUCAUGAGACUGAACCAUCGCGACGUUGUAUUGUUCUUGACAUCGAAGGGACUACCACUCCUAUAUCAUUUGUGACCGAUGUUCUCUUUCCCUUUGCCCGCAAUAAUGUGAGUAGGCAUUUGGCUGCAACGUAUGAGACUGAUGAAACUCAGGAUGAUAUCAAGUUGUUGCGCACUCAGGUCCAGAGUGACUUGGAACAAGGUAUUGUUGGUGCUGUGCCCAUCCCACCAGAUGAUGCAGGGAAAGAGGAGGUGAUUGCGGCUUUGGUUGCUAACGUGGAAGCAAUGAUAAAAGCCGACAGGAAGAUCACAGCCUUAAAACAAUUACAAGGUCAUAUUUGGCGAACUGGAUUUCAGAAUAAUGAAUUGGAGGGAGUCGUUUUUGAGGAUGUGCCAGAAGCUCUUCAGAAGUGGCAUGCUUCAGGAAUAAAGGUGUACAUAUAUUCUAGUGGUAGCAGGUUGGCUCAAAGGCUUCUAUUUGGAUACACAAACUAUGGGGACCUAAGAAAAUAUUUAUGUGGAUUUUUCGACACUACAGUGGGGAAUAAAAGAGAAACAAAGAGUUAUGUUGAAAUCACCGAGUCAGUGGGAGUUGAUAAGCCAUCGGAGAUUUUGUUUGUGACAGAUGUCUAUCAAGAAGCUGUUGCUGCAAAGGCAGCAGGGUUGGAGGUGAUAAUCUCUAUUCGACCAGGAAAUGGACCUCUUCCAGAUAAUCACGGGUUCAAGACAAUCACAUCUUUUUCAGACAUUUGAGACUAGAUAUGUUUGUAUUUAAGCUUCUAUGAAAUGUGACAUAAUUAUUACCGACAAACACGCAGAUAAAUACGCAAAAUUUCCAACUUUGGAAUAAAUCGUUGACCAGAGCUUUUGUA